CCGCGCAGGAGCCAUCAACGUGUUUACCUGAACGUCGAGCAGAAAAAAGAGAAAGAUAAAAAAGGGAGCAGACCAAUGCCAUCUUUAACGGCUAGCCGCGCGCCUCUCGUCUCCGGAGCUGCUCUUACACAACGGGCGAGGAGGAGCGGCGAGCAGGUCGCGAGGAGGAGCCGCGGCAAAUGGCAGCUUGUGCAGUGAGGAGUUUCUCUAAUGUGUCCGAAGCAGCUUCAGAUUCUGAUGACGAAGACAAACUCCACAUCGUGGAGGAAGACAGCAUUUCAGAUGCUCCAGAUGAAAAGCCAACAGUAUUCCAGCUCAGUGCAGCACAGCAGCUACACAACGGACACACAGAGAAAGAUGGUAACCUGGGGCCGGAUGCUUUGAUACGGGAAGUUAGAGUCAAAGAGGAAUGUGUAACCGAUGACGAGAAUGAGGAAGGCAGGGAAAAAGAAACACCACCGGAAGGGAAUGAAGGAACCAUUUAUCCAGAAGUCCCAGAGGAGGAACAGAGCACGCCAGAGAGAGGAGGCCAUGACGAGAAUGGUACACCUGAUGAGUUCUCUCAACUCCACACGUGUCCAUACUGUUCCCGGGGUUACAAGCGGCACACGUCACUCAAGGAGCACAUUAAACUGCGCCAUGAGAAGAGCGAGGACGAUUUCAGCUGUUCGCUCUGCAGCUAUACCUUCACAUACCGCACACAGCUUGACCGGCACAUGACUGCUCACAAAAACGGACGAGAACAGAGGGCUGUGUCACAGUUGGGAGGAAACAGGAAGUUUAAGUGCACAGAGUGUUUUAAAGCCUUUAAAUACAAACAUCACCUGAAGGAACACCUGCGCAUCCACAGCGGCGAGAAGCCAUAUGAAUGCUCUAACUGUAAGAAGCGCUUCUCUCACUCUGGCUCCUACAGCUCUCACAUCAGCAGCAAGAAGUGUGUAGGAUCGCCCCAUGCUGUUAACGGCCUGCCUCGCACCCCUGGGGUCAAAGCUGCACUCACCCUGUCGCGGCCUACGCGCAUCCUCUUGCGGGAGAAAGUGGACAUUACUAACAAACCUUUACAGGAACAGCUCCCACCCAAACAAAUUAAACAAGAACCCGUAAAUCAUGAACUCAAACCUGUCACAACUACACCAGUUGUUACCACAACCACUACCACCACCACUGCCACCACAAAUAAUGGGGGUGGAAUUCCCAUUCAGAAUGCUGCCCCUCAGGGUGUGGUACAGACUUUGGUUGUACCUACUGUGGGUCUUGUCCAGCCAAUCAGUAUUAACCUAAGUGAUUUACAGAAUGCUUUAAAAGCAGCAAUGGAUGGAAACGUGAUCCGGCAGGUAGUGGCUAGCACAAACGCUAACGGAACUACCGCUAAGAUAGUUGGUCAGUUGCAGCCACAAACACAAGCAGUGGUUGUGCAGGCUCCUCAACCCCAGGCACAGAUGAUCUCUGCCAUCUCUCUGCCAGUGGUGGAUCAGGAUGGAAAUGCCAAAAUUAUCAUCAACUACAACGUAGACCCACAAAUCAGUACAUCAAAGAUGAACACAGUGCAGCCUGUAUUAGCACAGACAACUGUGGCACCACCAAAGGUGGUACAGGUCAACUCAACACAACAACAAAAGGUGGUACAGGUCAACUCUGCCCAGCCUCCAAAGGUGGUACAGGUUAACUCAGUCCAGCCUGCAAAGGUUGUGCAGGUUAACUCAGCCCAGCCUCCAAAGGUGGUACAGGUUAAUUCAGCACAGCCAAACAUCACUCUAACCCAAAUGGCAAGCACCCCUAAGCCAAUUUCUACACAGAUAAACAUCCUUAAACCCAUCCAAACAGGUAAUUCCAGUAAAACACCAUCCAUCUUCAAGGUAACCAAACUGGUCCAGUCACAUCCUGCACACACAAAGCUUACUCAGCCAACAGUGCUGCUGCUGAGGAGAACAGAUGGGUCACAGGGUCUGGUGGUCAGACAAUUAACAACUGUUCAUCCAAACACACAGAUAAGUCCAAUCAUAGAGUCUAAAAUCACAGAGCAGAAGUUAAGCCCAGAAAAAACAACACUGGCAGAAGAGCAAAGAUCAUGUGCAGAGCUGAACCAGACUGCAGAAGAUACCAUAACUUCCAGGGACAGCUGCCAGCCUGAAGACCUUAGCAGCACUUUGCUACAGGACAUUCAGAUCAAAACAGAGCCUAAGUCUCCAGCUGAGAUUGAACCCAUUAUUCAGACAGAUGAUGGAGCUGUACAGAGAGAGAGAGGAGGAACAGCAGCAAAGAGUAUAGGCUCAGAAUCAACAACAGCUCACAGUGGUGUUGCUUGUGGUGACGGCUUCCAUAACUACGCCACAUGUCUGUUCUGUGACAACAGCCCGAGCAGCGCCGAUCUCCUCAGCUGUCUCAACAGUGAUGAACAAGGAUCUCUCUCCUCUCUUCUGGGAGAGGACGACUCUGCACCACCAGUGGAGAGUCUUCUGCCCCUUCUUAAAGCUUACAGCAAAGACUCGCACCCCAGUGAGGAGCAGCUGGCUCGAGUUGCUGAGUCAGUCAGUCUUCCUCUGGAUGUAGUUAGUAGGUGGUUUCAAAGAAUGCGCUCCAAGAAGAUAUCACUCCGACCCCCCGGUUAUCCGACAGAAACCUUAGAGCAGACCUUAGAAAACACUCCACCAGACCCAAGUACUGACACUGAGCCCCAAAUCCUCGACACUCCAAGUGAACCCCAUGAAGACUCGUCAGUGGAACAGAACAGUGCCCCUUCUUCUCCACUCACUCCACUCAACCUCUCCACAAAUGAUCUUGUCAUAGUAAAGACAGAGGACUCAGAGGAGGAAGUGCAAGCUGAACCUCUGGACCUCUCCCUCCCAAAGUCCUCCUGUAAUAACGCUAACACCUCAGUUCCCGCUUCAGUGUCCACCACCAAGCCAUCUGUUCCUGCCCAAGAGGAGCCCCUCAAUCUCACCUGCCUCAAGAAAGAUACAUUGCCUAGCAAUACCAUUUAUGUCACACAGCCUACUACAGGUCCAAUAAACAUUGUAGCAACACCUUUGCCAACGUUGGUUGCCAUAGCAGAGCCGGGUGGAGUUCCUUGCCUCCGAGCUGCCUUCUCCACCAACAAACGCACCAUCCUUAUCCCCCAACUGUCAUAUACCUAUGCCACCCCCUCAGCCAACAGCAAGACUGCUAACACCACUUCCUCCAACCAGGCUAAAACCACCACCACUCCACCAUCCACAGAAACACAAGGAACAGCCAUACCUAACGGCAGUCACGAGAGGUCCAAUGCUGGGGGUGAAAACGUGUCCACAUGGGAUGGGGUGACUGACAGUGACCUCUCACCCAGUAGAAAGCGGAGGAAGAUGCAAGGUGGCCAGUACGCUUGUGAUCUAUGUGACAAAAUCUUCCAGAAGAGCAGCUCAUUGCUACGACACAAAUACGAACACACAGGUAAGCGUCCUCACGAGUGUGGCGUGUGUAAGAAGGCAUUUAAACACAAGCACCACCUGAUUGAACACACGCGUCUUCACUCCGGAGAGAAGCCCUACCAGUGCGAUAAAUGCGGCAAACGCUUCUCACACUCCGGCUCCUACUCCCAGCACAUGAACCAUCGCUACUCCUACUGCAAGAAGGAGGCUCACGACCAACCAGAGCCAACCAGCACACCCUCGCAGCUCGACUCAGACGAGAGAGACAGCGAGGCAGAGGAUGAGGAAGAAGAUGAAGAACGAGAGGGAGAGAGAGACAGUAAUGAGGAUAUGGAAUUUUCUGGCUUUGACAUGAGCGAAAUACGAGUGGUAAGAGUUGGUGAGGACUAUGAUGAGGAGGAAGAAGAGGAGGAAGAGGGAGGUGGAGAAGAAGAGCAUGUGCUAGAGGAAGAAGAUGAAGUGGAGCUGCAAGAUGAGGAAAUCAGCACUCUGGAGGAAGAAAUGGUGGAACCCAUGGACUGCACAGAAGAAAACACAGAGGAGAUGGGGAAACGAGCGGAGGAUGCAGACGUUACUGACUGUGUGGAAAACAUGGGCUCGACUACAGAGGAGGGAAAAAACAACUGAAAAAAAGAACAUUUAUUUUCUCUAGUAACUGACAGUUGAUGAAAGAGUAAGACUCUUGAGUUGUUUGUUGAGUCUUACUGAUUGUGGGUUACUUUAGAAGCUGUGUUUCAGUAUUUUACUGUGUAUGAAGCCCAGGUGUGCCUGAUCCUCAAACUUUUUUUUUUUUUUUCUGGUGAAGGAAAAAACAAUUUACAGCAUUUCAGUCAAACAAACUAGACAACUUUAAAGCUUAGUUGACUAGUUACAGUUGAAUUGUGUUACUGGACCACAACCUCCAGGUAUGUUCGUCAGUGUUACUACAUGUUUUUCCUUUGAAACUUUCCGUCUGUACAGUCAGGUGAGAUUUCUAUACAUUUUUAUUGCCAAUGAAGUUUACUAAAUCAGUAUUUUAUCAGUAUGUCACUAUGUUUUGAGAGAUAAAACUAAAAUGCACUGCAGGUACAUUUAUGGAUUGUUUAUUUAUGGAUACAUAAUGCCUCAAGAUUUAGAUACCGUUCAGUAUUCUUAUUUUAAGUUGGCCAGCCAGUGUUAGCAUAGCAUUUUGUUUUGCCAUCUGCCUGUCCGCCUUAUGAAGGAAAUGUGUUUGCACUUCUGUACCAUGAGAUCAUCUAUAAAGAGUGUCAAAUAAUCAGUAAUCCACAGACAAUUACGACAAUGUAUAUUUCAUUGCUAAAUUGAGUGAGUAAAUCAAAAUUCUGAUUGUCAUAUUAAUGAGCAGCUAAUUGAUCUCAGUACCAUUAUUGAUGGUAGUCUGCUACAUAUGCAUAACAUUUGCAAUUAAGCACUCCUGAUAAUGCCUGUAUCAGUAGCUAUAUUCUGUAUGUCCAUAAAAAGGUCUUUUUUCUUUAUAGAUGGUACAUACUAUGAAGUGCACUUUUCUGUGGUAUAGUAAGUAGGAACAUGGCACCAUUUAAAAGAAAAGAGAAAAAAAUUCAGUCAGGGAAUUGUGUGUCACGACCUCAAAGCCAGUGUUAUGUCUGUUUUUAGUUUACUCAAACAGGUUUGUUUUAGUUAGGGGUGCACUAAGUUUUACACAGCAUGAUACUGACAGUGCAAUAGAAGUACCUGUACAUGUACUUUCAUUUUACGAGCUUUUUCAAUUCAAAUUUAUCGCACCUUCCAGUUUUCUACCACCCCCUCCACAUUGAGUUACACGUAUUGCUGAACAGCAUAUGCAACUUCUUAAGUGAGAUUUUCAACUGUAGAACAGAUGUUUACGUAUCAUCGCAACUAAUGUAUUCUCCUAAAAUUAUGAAGCCAAUACUAUGCGCUUAGUGGUCUCAGUGAUUGGAAAUGAUCCCGAUUUUCACAUCAUGUGAUAAUGGUGCACCCCUAAUUCUAGUUAAGACUUGUUUUAAUGUGUGAUUUUGUGUCAAUGUUAGAUGAUCUACGAAGCGUUCUAAGGAACCCCACACCCCCAGCCUUAUGCAAGACCGCCAAGCUGUAAGUGCCAUUCAUUCCUAUUAACCCUCCACUCCACAACCAAAUAAAAUCAUUCUAAACUAUCAGCCAGUUGAUGAAGAAUCUCAAAGCUUGAACGCAGUCAUGUUAAGUGUAGUCUUUGGCCGAAGAGCCAAGAAUCAACAUUUGGUUGAUUUUAGAGUGUUUGAUGUAGCAUUGGAGUGCUCAUGUCAAUUUAUUCGCUGACAUUUCAGCUUAUAAUAGAUGGUCAAAUCUAGUGUUUACAACAAUGGAGAAGUAAAUCAUGGCGUAGAUGUUGGACUGAUACCAUGUGUUUAUAGUUUUGGUCUUUGCUCAGCUGCACCUGUGUGAAUAUGUCGGGGGUGGCCUUGUGAAUAUACUGCAGCUCACUUUGGCUUAGUACCGGGGCCGGUGCAGAACCGAACGCCUGCCUCAGUUCAGCGUUUAUACUCAAAUACGUAGGUUUGUAUGAUAGUGGUUUGGAACCUUAGCAUCAAAGGGCCAUUGUGGAUCAAACUGUAUUUCCCCAGUGAAGAAAUACCAGACUUUGUUAAGCUUACUCACAUUUUGCCUGAUGGCAAUUACUUGGCAAGUGUUUUGCUCAUUAGUUGGAACAAAGGCUAAGACCCACCCUGGUCCUUUGAAGACAGAGGCCAGCUGUUGGAUUAAGGCAUAGGAGAAGUAGGAAGAAAUGGCAUAAAAACUGAAGGAAUGAAUACACUAGUGAAUUAGUUGAAGGAGUGCACUUGACGUAUGAGGCACUUGAAAGAAGACGUAAUGGGUGAAUGUGAUUUUAAUGUUGAUUUCACCAUAACACAUUACAGUAUUAUUCAUUGUGAAGUUUUAUUUCUAAAUGUUUGUUUAUAUUAAUGCACGUGUAUAUUGUGUAUGUUUUUACCAUCAGUAUUAAAAAGUCUUUGAUGAUGAUGUUUAUUAUUUUUUAUUUCAAAGUUGUUUAUUAUUCCACAUGCAGUGUACAAUGUUAAUACACUUUGUAUUUACUUACUACAGUAGGAUAUUUUUCAGUACAGUAUUCUAACUUUAGUAUGAAAUCAAUGCCAUGAAGGAAAUGAAGCCCAAUUACAGGAUUUACAGAAAUGUAAAUAACAAACAUCUUUAAACAGAAACAUUUCAUUUAUCUACCACCCAUGGUUUGUAUGUUGAAUUUACAUUAUUUUUUCAACAUAAAGCUGAACCUUAAACCUGUGAAUAAAUAGUAAACAUGAUUUCAUGGAAUAAUA